AUGCAGUUGUGCCCAAAGGAGCUCGAUAAGCUUGUCAUCUCGCAGCUUGGCCUGCUUGCACAACGCCGACUGGCAAGGGGCGUCAAGUUGAACCACUCUGAAGCCACUGCGUUGAUUGCGAAUAAUCUCCAAGAGCUGAUUCGAGAUGGAAACCAUUCCGUUGCGGACCUCAUGUCCAUUGGCACGACCAUGUUGGGUCGCCGCCAUGUCCAACCCGAAGUCGUUGCUUCCCUCUCUGCCUUGAUGGUCGAGGGCACAUUUCCAACCGGCACCUAUCUGGUCACCGUCCACCAUCCCAUCGCCUCGGACGAUGGCGACCUUGCUAGAGCCCUAUACGGCUCGUUCCUGCCUAUUCCCUCGCAGGACAUGUUCCCCCUGCCCGACGCAAGCGUGUACGAGUUUACGAAGCAGCCUGGCGCAGUCGUUGCGGUCAAGGGCGAGGCGGGCAUCAUCAAGCUCAACGAGGGACGUCAGAGGAUUAGGCUCAAGGUCAAGAGCAUGGGAGACCGCCCUAUACAGGUGGGCUCCCACUACCAUUUCAUCGAGACAAAUCCUCAGCUCCAAUUCGAUCGCGUACGGGCUCAUGGCUACCGGCUGGAUAUUCCUGCCGGGACCUCUGUGCGAUUCGAGCCAGGCGAUACUAGGACCGUGACGCUGGUCAAAAUCGCGGGCAAUCAAGUUAUCAAGGGAGGCAACAGGAUCGCGACUGGCAACAUCCAAGACCUGUCGGUCGCGUCAAAUAUCAUGGAGAAGCUCAAGGUGGGGGGCUUUCUACACGAGCCGGAGCCUGCUGGCGAUGCGGCACACAUCGACAUUUGUACCAUGGAGCGCAAUACGUACAUAAGCAUGUUUGGACCCACCACUGGUGAUAGGGUCAGGCUGGGUGCUACCGACCUAUGGAUCAAGGUGGAAAAGGACAUGACCAAGUAUGGCGACGAAUGUGCUUUUGGUGGCGGCAAAACUAUGCGAGAAGGCAUGGGCCAGGCUGGGGGCCGCUCAGACAAGGACGUUCUGGACACGGUCAUUACAAACGCACUCAUUGUCGACUGGACUGGCAUUUUCAAAGCCGACAUUGGUAUCAAAAACGGCAUCAUCGUUGGUAUAGGCAAAGCGGGCAACCCAGAUGUCAUGGAUGGCGUUGAUCCCAAUCUCGUCGUCGGAUCAUGUACCGAUGUCAUUGCAGGAGAACACAAGAUUGUAACGGCAGGAGGCUUCGACACGCAUAUCCAUUUCAUUUGCCCGCAGCAGGCUCAGGAAGCUAUCGCCUCUGGAAUUACAUCCAUGCUUGGCGGUGGCACAGGACCAAGCACUGGUACCAAUGCGACCACGUGUACUCCCGGCGCUACCCACAUCAAACAGAUGCUUCAGGCCAUCGAUGCGCUGCCAUUAAAUUUUGGCAUUACUGGAAAGGGCAAUGACUCGGACAUGGAGCCCCUCCGAGAACAAGCAGAGGCUGGGGUGUGCGGUCUGAAACUGCACGAAGACUGGGGAAGUACACCGGCAGCCAUCGACGCAUGCUUGACAGUUUGCGACGAGUACGACAUCCAGACGCUCAUUCAUACUGACACUCUAAACGAAUCUGGCUUCGUUGAACAGACAAUUGAUGCAAUCAAUGGCCGUGCGAUUCAUACCUAUCACACCGAAGGCGCAGGUGGAGGUCACGCUCCAGACAUUAUCAGUGUUGUCGAGCACGACUACGUUUUGCCGUCAUCCACCAAUCCCACUAGGCCGUACACUCGCAACACACUGGACGAGCACCUGGACAUGCUGAUGGUGUGCCACCAUCUUUCCCGCAACAUUCCCGAAGACGUUGCCUUUGCCGAGUCACGUAUCCGCGGCGAGACGAUUGCGGCAGAAGAUGUGCUUCAUGAUCUGGGUGCCAUCUCGAUGAUGUCAUCGGAUUCACAAGCCAUGGGCCGCUGUGGCGAGGUCAUUCUACGUACGUGGAAUACGGCCCACAAGAACAAGGUGCAGCGUGGUACGUUGAAAGAAGACGAGGGUACGGAGGCCGACAACUUCCGGGUGAAGCGAUAUAUCAGCAAGUAUACCAUCAACCCGGCGAUUGCACAGGGUGUGAGCCACCUGAUUGGUAGUGUCGAAGUAGGCAAAGUGGCCGAUUUAGUCCUCUGGACGCCGCGAAACUUUGGCACCAAGCCGUCACUGAUUGUGAAGAAUGGGUGGUGCGCAUGGGCACAAAUGAAGGUCGAUGGUCAGGGUGAUGCCAACGCGUCCAUUCCAACGGUGGAACCGAUUAUUAUGCGGCCCAUGUUUGCCCCCUUGGUGCCCUCGUCCGGCAUCACGUUUGUAUCGCAGGCGUCGAUUUCCUCUGGCACGAUUGGCUCGUACGGGCUGAAGAAGCGGGUGGAGGCGGUGAGGGAUUGCAGAAAGGUGGGCAAGCGCGACAUGAAGUUCAACGAUGCGAUGCCCAGGAUGCAAGUGGAUCCGGAGAGGUAUACGGUCAAGGCGGAUGGGGUGGUGUGUGCGGCCGAGCCUGCGGAGAGUCUGCCGUUGACGCAGGGGUAUUUUGUGUUUUAG